CAAAUUUAUAUACUUAUCGGUAAAAUUACUAGUUAUUCCGUAGAUGUGUCCCCAGAAGCGCCAUGUAUGAGAGAUCCGCCACACGUCUUAAGGUCACAUGGUUUUCAAGAAAAAUAAUAAAAUAUCAAGCAUAAAUCAACGUAAAAGUACUAAUCGAUCUGUUCCCGGGAGCUUCGGCCGUCUUCAGUACCUACAGAAUCUGGUUAACGAAUAUCAGCAAACUGAAAUAACGGAACACAAGGAACAGAUUUUAGCCAAUCUUGCUAAUUUCUGCUACGACUCUCGGAACGGCCCACAACUCCGUCAAUUGCGCGUCAUUGAUCUCUUUUUUGACUGCAUCUUAGAACCAUCAAGUGCGUGGUUCAAAGCUGCCUUCCAAUCCGGAUCAAAUUUGAAAGUUGAUGAAAGCGAAGCUCGUCUAGUUGAAUUUGCUCUUGGAGGUUUAUCUAAUCUGUCGGCUUCAUCACCCCUAAAUCGUCAGGAAAUUCUCAACCACAUACAUUUACCGUGUAUUGUAGCUUGUGUCACAUCUCCAGACUCAACAGUUGUUGUACAUUCGCUGACUAUUAUCAUACAUUUGUUUACUCGUUGUCCGAAUUCAGAAGAUUUUAUUUCUUUGGGUACUAGGUUUCCUGCUAUCAUCCAAAUAGCUCGUCAGUAUUGUGAGUCACGUAGUCGGGAGACAGAUAUUGAUCCUCGAAUUCCAAUUUUAUCACAAAUACUAUUGGAAGACUGUUGUAAUUGCAGUUCUUCUCAUUAAAACUUUGUUGUUUCAUCCAAAUGUCCUUCGUAAAGAAAUUUCGAUGCUUACAAAUCACAUUAUUUCUUAAUACUCAUCGAUCCCUAUCUCUAUGCUCACCUACAACAUUUUCAGUACAUUCUUAUUGUCAGCUGCCUUUAACUACUUUGCCCGAAAUUCAUAAGAGAAAUAUAAAUGAGAAAGUACUAUCGACCUGUUCUCAACUUAAGAGUGAUAAACUUGAUCUGAAUCCACAGUCUGAAUCACUACCAUAUCAGUUACCUGGUUCAUUAACUGAUCAAACAGAUACAAGUACUGUUGAUGUAGAAUGUAAAAAUCACUUUUGCACAGCUGAAAACUCCCAAUCACUUGCAAGCACUUCAGUUAAUAAAUGGGUUUCUAGUCCUCUAAUAACAUCGUCAUCAUCAUUCUCACCAUCAACACCAUGCCCAACUACAGUGGACCUUGUUUUAACUCAACUACCUGCUGUCCUACUUUUCAAACAUUAUGCAUCAAUUGCUGCAGGUCUUUCAAAGGCUCGUCUUACAGGUUUAGUUGUUUCAACUGCUUUAGUUGGUUGUGGCUUAGCAGCAUCUACUAGUAUGGUAUCACCUGAAUUCCUAGAAAAUUGUUAUUCGACUACAAUUUGUUUAGCUCUUGGAACUACACUAACCAGUUCUGCUGCAAAUUCAAUCAAUCAAAUUAUCGAAAUUCCUUACGACAGCCAAAUGACUCGUACACGAAACCGUGUACUCGUUCGUGGCUUAACUACACCCGGCAGAGCAGCUCUUUUUGCACUGGCUUGUACUGGAUCUGGACUAUCACUGCUUUAUUUCGGUGUAAAUCCUCUUGUUACUUCAUUGGCUGCUGUAAAUAUGUUAUUGUAUACAUGUAUAUAUACACCAAUGAAACAGAUUAGUCAGGUUAAUACAUGGGUUGGAGCUUGGGUUGGUGCUAUACCUCCACUGAUGGGUUGGGCUGCAGCUACUGGACAAUUACAGUGUGGUUCAAUAAUCCUAGCAUGUUUGUUAUAUGUGUGGCAAUUUCCACACUUUAUGGCACUCAGCUGGAAUAUGCGUAGCGAAUAUUCUAAAGCUGGUUACGCAAUGACAUCUAUCAUCAAUCCGGAUUUAUGCAAGCGAGUUGCUUUACGUUAUUCAAUAGCAUCAAGUUUAGUUUGUUUAGCUGGUGCUGGUUGCAGUGCUCUAAGUUUAGGACCAUGGGCUGGUUGUGCAUUAGGUAUUGGUUCAUUGCCAGCUAAUAUAGGCUUGAUUUAUUAUGCAUGGAAAUUCGCCAAAUCCAAUUCAAAUGUAGCUGAUGGAAGUUCUGCUGCUGCAAGACGUUUAUUUCGAGCAACAUUAUUUCAUCUACCUGUAGUUAUGAUUACUGUGUUAUUGGGUUCUUAUUGUUCUAUCAAUUCUGGACAUAUGUAGUGAUAUAUCUGUAGGCGAUUGGAUUAGGUUUAUUAAUAUGUGAAGAAACCUCUUGUUGUGGAUGCGGAGGAAUAGACCAAUAAUUAUCAUGUUAAGUCCAAUGGUGUCCUUGGACUUUAAAUGGACGUUUCCUAUUGGUCGAUAUCUGUUCACUUGUUGAAUAUUGUACAAAAUGUUGUUUUCUAUUUUAUGGUACGAUGUAGUAUGCUUGAUUGGUAUAUAAACAAAGUAUGUUUGAA